AUGUUGAGAAAAUCAUAUGGACUAAUGUCUCAAGCUUAUAACUUCAAACAUUUUUAUUCUACUUCACAACCACCAUCCAUCCCAAUUAUAGAUAUAACCAACACAUAUCAAAAUCUAAAAUAUCGUCGAGAAAUAGCUAAACAAAUCGAUGAAAUUUGUCAAAAUAUCGGUUUCUUCAUUAUUACUGGACAUUCAAUCGAUGAAAACAUUCAAACUGAUAUGAUGAAUGUAUCAAAAGAAUUUUUUCAUUUACCAUUAUCAAUAAAACAAGAAGUGACUAGCUCAAAAGAAUAUCCUUAUGGCUAUCAGGGAUUAAACACUGAAACUCUGUCACUUGCAUAUGAUAAAUCAACAACAUAUUUAUUACCAGAUUUCAAAGAAAGUUUUUCUAUUGGACCAGAACACGAUGGGCCUAUACGCUGGUCAUCAAAACCUCUUAGAAUGCCUUCGAUUUGGUUAAAUUAUUUUAAACAAUGUGAAAAUUUAGCAAAGCAUUUAUAUAAAAUAUUAGCAUUAGCAUUAAAUUUGGAUGAACGUUGGUUUGAAAACAAAAUCGAUAAACAUCGUUCAGUAUUACGUUCAUUAUAUUAUCCUUCAAUUUCCUCAUUACCAGAAAAUCAAUAUCGUACGGGUGCACAUACAGAUUGGGGGUCAUUUACAAUAUUAAAACAAGAUUCUACUGGAGGUUUACAAGUACAAAAUCAUCUAAAUGGAAAAUGGGUCGAUGUUCCUUUUAUAGAAAAUAGCUUUGUUAUUAAUUUAGGUGAUUUAAUGUCACGUUGGACGAAUGAUCGAUGGGUAUCAAAUCUUCAUCGUGUGGUUGAACCUUUAAAUAAAUCAAAUGGCUUAUAUCCCGCUCGUCAAAGUAUUGCUUAUUUUGUUAAUAUAAAUCCAGAUGAAAUAGUGACAUGUAUACCAACAUAUUGCUUAGAAGAUAAACCACCCAAAUAUCCAUCAAUCAAAUUUUGGGAUUUUAUUAUGGAAAAACAUUUAGCACGAAAUCAAAAGAAUUAUUAA